UAAAUAGAAACAGGUCCAUUUUCAAUAUUUAACAACAACAAAAAUAAUGAUUAGUAUUAUGAUAAGUAGCUACUAUUUAUUUAUUAUACAUCAUAAAAAUAUUAGAAUAUUUUCUAUUUUAUCAAAAACUUCUCAUUUUAUUUCUCUUUCUAGAUUAAAUCACCAAUUGUGGCCCUAGUGGCACUUGCAGUAUUCUCUAAAGCAUACAAGAAUCCCCAUUACGCACCGGGAAGAUCUGUGAAUGUACACCUAUUCGAAUGGAAAUGGGAUGACAUUGCAGCGGAAUGCGAAAAUUUCUUAGGACCAAGAGGUUUCGGUGGUAUUCAGAUCUCGCCACCUAACGAGAACGUAAUACUAUGGACAUACAAUCGUCCAUGGUGGGAGCGCUAUCAACCUAUGUCUUAUUUAUUAGACACGCGCUCGGGAGGUGAAGCCCAAUUCGCGGACAUGUUGAGACGUUGCAACGCCGCUGGUGUCAGAAUCUACGUUGAUGCAGUUAUUAAUCAUAUGACGGGCGAACCUCCAGAGAACGUUGGUACAGCAGGUAGUACAGCCACUUUCAGGGAUUGGGACUACCCCGCAGUACCUUAUACCUGGGAGCACUUUAAUUGGCCACACUGCGUCAUAGAUGGAAUGGACUACGUCAACAAUGCAUGGAGAGUGCGCAACUGUGAACUUGUCGGUUUGAAGGAUCUAAACCAGGCAAACGAACACGUUCGUAAUAUGAUUGUCAACUUUAUGAAUCACCUGAUUGAUCUAGGAGUAGCUGGUUUCAGAAUCGAUGCUGCCAAACACAUGUGGCCUCAUGAUCUCGAAGUAAUAUAUAAUCGUUUAAACGAUCUGAACACAGCACAUGGAUUUCCUGCCAACGCUCGUCCGUAUAUAUACCAGGAAGUCAUUGACUAUGGUGGAGAAGCUAUCAGCAGAGACGAAUACACACCCAUUGGAGCCGUAACUGAGUUUAAAGUUGGCAUGGAACUUAGCAGAGCAUUCAGAGGAAACAAUCAAUUGAAAUGGCUGGAAUCUUGGGGACCUCAGUGGGGCUUACUUGAGCACAGUGAUGCUUUAACCUUUAUUGAUAACCAUGACAACGAAAGAGGUCACGGAGGCGGCGGCGCCAUGUUAACUUACAAGGAACCUAGACCGUACAAAGGCGCAAUAGCUUUCUUAUUAGCUCAUCCAUAUGGAGAACCUCAAAUCAUGAGUAGUUUUGCGUUCCACGAUUCUGAAAUUGGUCCACCUAUGAAUCAUCAGGGACAUAUAAUUUCACCAUCUUUUAACUCGGAUGGUACUUGCGGAAACGGCUGGGUGUGCCAGCAUAGAUGGCGGCAGAUCUUCGCAAUGGUAGCAUUUAGAAAUGUAGCAGGCAACACUGGUAUCAACGACUGGUGGACGAACGGCUUUAACCAAAUUGCAUUCUGCCGAGGUGGCAACGCAUUUAUCGCCUUCAACAACGAUUCUUGGGAUCUUAACCAGAACUUGCAGACUUGUCUUCCAGCAGGCAGAUAUUGUGACGUCAUAUCCGGAGUAAAAGCUGGCAACUCUUGCACUGGCAAGACGGUAACGGUUGGCAAUGACGGGCGCGCGAAUAUCUAUGUCGGUGCCCUCGACUACGAUAUGAUACUGGCCAUACAUAUCGGAACUGAGGUGCUUGUUUUACUUUGUUUCCAAAUUAUACAAACAUAUGUUUUUAGUUAAAACUCAAUGGUAAACUUAAUAAUAAAAAAUUGGAGUCACGUUACA